AUGGACCCGCCAGCUUCACGCUUCUUCUAUCCCGGUACCGACCGGGAGGCGAACGACUUCGCACAGGUCCAACAGGUGACCCCCCCCGGUGCAGUGGAUGAUAGUCCAGCCUGCUUGGGGUCCAAUCACCCGGACUGUACAGCAGGUCCUCAAGAGCCUGAUGGAUAUGAACGCCUGACUGACGACCAGCGUAAUUAUGACCCAAAUCAGCAGUAUGCAGCUGAAAAGACUUCUUUGGCGCUUUCAACUGAUGUCCGUCCGUUUCCCACGUAUCAUGCGUGGGAAGCUGAUGCCGGCAGAUAUUCCAAUCAGAAUGUCGUAAGGCCGCAUGGAUUCGACGGACAACAGCUGUUUGGGCCCGAACCCACCACGAACCCUUCCAACUCACCACAAAACCCUUGUUCGCUCAGUUCAGGUUCUGAAACCGACCGAAUUCCGAUUUCGGUAUACACUGUUCUACACCGAGCACAACCCCAGCCAGAAAUUGCGCAUACGCAGUGGAGCGGACCGCGGCCGGGAAAGCGUGGCCCCUUUAGAGACCCAGGCCUUCGCCAAGAAACGGCACACACAAGGAAGAUUGGAUGCUGCAUACGAUGCAGAAUGCAAAGAAUACGUUGCGACAAAAACCCUGAAGAUCCCGAUGGCAUUUGUCUCACUUGCACAAAAGUUACGAUUAUAAAGAAAGGCCAACUUCCCUGCUUACGCUACAAGAUUGCUGAUAUAGCGUUGUACAAAUCCGGGGAGGUGCCUGGGUUCGAGUGGACCAGGCGGUGGUCGAAUGAGUUGUCUGAUCCAAUUGAUACAUGGGCAUCCCCCGAAAUCAGGACCAUCCAUGUCUCGGAGGGCUACUCUGACAGUUCUGUGGAAUUGCAAGUUCGUCGAUUUGUCCCCGCGGAGGGUGACAAAUUGGUGAGGACGUGGGACUACAAGGGUGUCAAGAAGUCCGCCAGCAUACCCCCAUUUGCCCUCGUCGACACGCACAAGGCCAGAAAGGCUUUCGCCAGACACAUCGAUGCCUGCAUAAAUGAUACCUUGAAAAAUAUCACGGGGUCAAUAAAAGGGUCAUCGGUCAAGAUGAUGACGAGGACAUAUUUCGAAGCCCAUCGUCUCGCUCAAAAAAGCGAUAUUCCGCAGGAGGUAUCCAACAUUCUGCAGUCUACAUUCAGACUGUGGACAUCGACGAGGUUGAACACAAUCUCGUGCUUCAUUGUGGGCGACGACACUCUGGGUAUGCCGAAAGAUAUACUGGAUGAGACCAGCCCUACCCCGGGCAAGGUUCCAUUGCCGCCAGUCAUGGGCGCGCAGCUCAAUCUGAUGAUGAUUCACGAAAUUCAGGCAAGGCUACGAAAGACAGUCCUAGACCAGCUGCAAACGAUUGUCCUGAAGAACAAGCACAACACCUGGCUGGUCACGUACUUUGUGGAUUUUAUACUGUUGCACAAUGCAUCCAUGAUCAUCGCUCAUGAUGUAGGCUAUGCAAAGAAGCAUGGUAUUGGUCGACGCUUCGCCCGCGAAGACAAGGUCCAGGAGUACCAUGUUGGAGCAAAUAUUGUUCUUGGAUACUUCCACUACUGCAACAAGGGUCUAUAUCCAUUUUCUGACGAGUGCAACGAGUCAGAAUUGAGAAGCUUGGCAGAAUUGACCGAGCAUGAGCUCGGGCUUGUUCGUGCCACGGCAGCAUAUGUAAAAUUCCGAGAGGUGGAAUGGAAGAAAUUGCGGGAUUCGGAGGAAUAUGAUCACCCUGAAUACUACAUUUCACAGAUGUUUGAGCAAAGUUGGUAUCCAAGGUCCAUGGUUGUUUAA